UUGUUAUAUGUAGCUGAUUAAGAGUCUAAAGGGCUUUGUUUUUGGUUACCAUGGCAAUUCUGAUGCUCAAAGUUUUACCAGUAGUUCUGUUUCUAAUAUUCUAUGUUAGCUCCUCUGCGGCACGAUCUGAUACUUACAUCAUUCACAUGGACAUAUCAGCUAUGCCUAAAGCUUACUCUGACCACCAUAGCUGGUAUUUGUCCAUGCUUUCUUCAAUAUCAGACACUUCUAAUGCAGCUGCAACUGCAACCACCACCACUAUCCUUUAUUCUAAAUUUAUCUAUGCUUAUACCAAUUCUAUCCAUGGAUUUAGCGCAGUUCUUACUGCUUCUGAGCUUGAAGCUCUUAAAAAGUUUCCAGGCUACAUUUCUUCCACUAGGGACCAUCCUCUUACAGUUCACACAACGCACACUUCUCAAUUUCUUGGCUUGAGUUCAUUCUCUGGUGCCUGGUCGGGCUCAAAUUAUGGUGAAGAUGUCAUAAUUGGUUUAGUUGAUACUGGAAUUUGGCCAGAGAGUCAGAGUUUUAAUGAUCAAGGAAUGACAAAAGUUCCAUCCAGAUGGAAAGGAAAAUGCAUGGCUGGUACCCAGUUCAACUCUUCCUUGUGUAACAAGAAACUCAUUGGGGCUCGGUUUUACAACAAGGGUCUGAUUGCUAACAAUCCGAAGUUGAAAAUUCCAAUGAACUCUCCCCGGGAUGUCAGUGGACAUGGUACACAUACUUCAUCCAUAGCUGCUGGUAGCUAUGUAAAAGGUGCAUCUUAUUUUGGUUAUGCCACUGGCACCGCUAGAGGCAUGGCUCCUCGAGCUCGUUUGGCUAUGUACAAAGUUGUUUGGAGAUAUGGGGUCUAUUCAUCUGAUGUUGUAGCAGCAAUAGACCAAGCAUUGCAAGAUGGGGUUAAUGUUUUGUCUCUGUCUUUGGGCAUAGGCUUAGAUGAUACACUUUUGGAAAAUGAUCCAAUUGCGGUAGCUACUUUUGCUGCCAUGGAGAAAGGUAUAUUUGUGGUAGCAUCUGCUGGAAAUGAUGGUCCUUUGUACUGGAGUUUAAUCAACGGGGCACCAUGGCUAGUGACCGUUGGUGCAGGUACUUUAGAUCGUGAAUUUGAAGGAAUUUUAACUCUGGGGAGUGGUGUUAAAAUUAACUUCAAUUCCUUGUAUCCUGGGAAUUAUUCUUCAAGUAGAAUGCCCCUUAUUUACAUGGACGAAUGUGAUAGUGUGACAGAAUUGAAGAAAGUAAAAAACGCCAUUAUUGUGUGCAAGGAUAAUUUGAGUAUAAGCGGUCAAGUUGUAAAUGCAAUCUCUGCAGGAGUUUCCGGAGCUGUUUUCAUCUCCAACUCUUCUUAUUCAGAGCUCUACACCCGAAGUUCAUUUCCAGCAGCAUUUGUUGGUCUACAUGAUGGCCAAUCAAUUAUAGACUACAUAAAUAAGAACAUUAACCCAACAGGAAGCUUUCAAUUUCAGAACACGGUUAUUGGUACAAAGCCAGCACCAAGGGUAGAUAGCUAUAGCUCCAGAGGUCCAUUUCUGAGCUGCCCAAGUAUCCUAAAGCCAGACCUUUUGGCCCCUGGCUCAUUAAUCUUAGGAUCAUGGUCUCCAAUCAGUUCAGUUGCUAAGGUUGGAUCACAUCUCUUGUUUAGCAAUUUCAAUCUCUUAUCAGGCACCUCCAUGGCGACGCCACACGUGGCAGGCGUAGCUGCGCUUAUAAAGGCAGCGCACCCUGAUUGGAGUCCUGCAGCCAUUCGGUCAGCCCUUGUGACCACAGCCAAUUCAUUAGACAACACUUUAUGUCCUAUUGAAGAUGUUGCAAAUGAUAAUUUGCCAGCAAGUCCACUGGACAUAGGAGCUGGUCAUAUUUCUCCCAACAAGGCUCUUAAUCCUGGCCUUGUCUACGAUGCAACGGCAGAGGAUUACAUAAAGCUUCUUUGUGCCAUGAACUACACAACAACACAAAUUCAAAUCAUCACAAAGUCCUCUCACAAUUGCAUUAACCGGUCUUUGGAUCUGAACUACCCGUCUUUUAUUGCUUUCUUUAACAAUUAUGAUUCAAAUCCAGAAGAUAAAAUUGUACAAGAAUUUUGGAGGACAGUAACUAAUGUUGAAGAGGUAGGAGCAAGUUACACUGCAAAUCUGACAGGAUUGGAUGACUUAAAGGUCUUUGUGGAGCCUCAGAGAUUGGUAUUCAAGCAAAAGUUUGAGAAGAAAAAAUAUAAGCUUAGUUUGGAGGGUCCAAAAUUGUUGAAAAAAGUCGUGGUUUAUGGUUCUUUAAAUUGGGUAGAUGACAAUGGUAAGUAUGUGGUAAGAAGCCCAAUUGUGGCCACAAGCCUUGUCCCAGAAUCGCCUUGAAUGUAUUAUUUGGGCUGUCAUGAUUGUAUUAU